CGGGAGCGGCGGAGGCCCCGCGGCGGCCGAUGGUCCGCGCAGCGCCGCCGCCCCCCGCCCGCCCCGCGCCCCCCGGGCAGAUGGCGCGGCGGGCCCCGGGCCGGCGGGGCGGGAGUUCGCCGGCACCGCCGCCGCGGCCGCUGCUGGCGCUGCUGCUGCUGCUCCUGCUGGGCCCCGCCGCGGCCGCCGCCGCCGGCGAGGAGGCGGCGGUGGCGGUGCCCAAGGAAUGCGACAAGCCGUGCGCCAACGGCGGGCGGUGCCAGCCCGGCACCGGGCAGUGCGAGUGCCAGCCGGGAUGGGUGGGCGACCAGUGCCAGCACUGCGGGGGGAGGUUCAGACUCACUGAACCUUCGGGGUACGUCACGGAUGGGCCUGGGAAUUACAAAUACAAGACAAAAUGCACCUGGCUCAUUGAAGGAAGGCCAAACACAAUCCUCAGGCUUCGGUUCAACCACUUUGCCACGGAGUGCAGCUGGGACCACUUGUAUGUGUAUGAUGGAGACUCCAUCUAUGCUCCCUUACUGGCAGCUUUCAGUGGUCUCAUUGUCCCUGAGAAGGACAGCAAUGAAACAGUCCCUGAGGUUGUAGCUACUUCUGGAUAUGCUCUCCUACAUUUCUUCAGUGAUGCUGCCUAUAACCUCACGGGCUUCAACAUCACCUACAAUUUCAAUAUGUGUCCCAACAACUGCUCUGGCCGGGGGGAAUGCAAACUCAACAGCAGCACCAAGGCCCUGGAAUGUGACUGUGCCAAAUACUGGAAGGGGGAAGCCUGUGACAUUCCCUACUGCACCGAGGACUGUGGGGCUCCUGAGAGGGGCCACUGCAACAGCAAUGACUCCAAGGCCUGUCUGUGCUCCCCAGGCUGGCAAGGUCCUGGCUGUUCAAUUCCUGUUCCUGCAAACCAGUCCUUUUGGACCCGGGAGGAAUAUUCUCUUCCCAAACUUCCCAGAGCAUCCCACAAAACUGUCAUCCAUGACAACAAGAUGUGGAUUGUUGGGGGCUAUGUCUUCAAUCACUCUGACUCUCAGAAGGUUUUGGCGUAUGAUCUUAUUUCUGAGGAGUGGCUUCCCCUGAACAACUCUGUGAACUCGGUAGAGAUGAGAUAUGGUCAUUCCUUGGCAUUACACGAGGACAACAUCUACAUGUAUGGAGGGAAGAUUGAUGCCACGGGGAACGUGAGCAGCCAGCUGUGGGUGUUCCACAUCUCCAACCAGAGCUGGGCCCAGGUGGCUCCCAAGGCCAAGGAGCAAUACGCCGUGGUGGGACACUCGGCCCACAUCGUCACCCUGCGGGACAACAGCACCGUCAUGCUGGUCAUCUUUGGCCACUGCCCCCUCUAUGGCUACAUCAGCAACGUCCAGGAGUACAACCUGGUGACAAAUACCUGGAGCAUUUUACAGACCAGUGGAGCUUUGGUGCAGGGGGGGUAUGGCCACAGCAGCGUUUAUGAUCCCAACACCAGGUCCAUUUACAUCCAUGGAGGUUACAAAGCCUUCAGUGCCAACAAGUACAGGCUGGCAGAUGACCUGUACAAAUAUGAAGUCGAUUCCCGGAUGUGGACCAUCCUGAAGGACAGCCGCUUUUACCGCUACCUGCACACGGCCGUGGUGGUGAGCGGGACCAUGCUGGUGUUUGGAGGGAACACCCACAACGACACCUCCAUGAGCCACGGGGCCAAGUGCUUCUCCUCGGAUUUCAUGGCCUAUGACAUCGGUGAGUUCUCCCAGAAAUCCCAAGGAAGGCCCAAAUUCUCGGCUGAUUUCCACGCUGGCUGUGCUGUCCCGAGCGCUGCCGGGCAGAGGGAU